AUGGUGUUGGCCAUGGCAUCUCAGGAUGCCCAGAACUUCUUCCAGCCUUUCUCUUCCUGGAUGUCUCGGGUUUAUGGAGCUCUCCAGCAAGCAGGAGAUAUAUUAUCUGCCUCACUGGUUACCGUAAGCCAACAAGACUCUAAAUUGAGUGACAAGGUAGACCAGGACUUAGAUGAUACUAAGAUUCAGGAAACUUACUUUGGACAUGAAGAACAAGACAAUGAUUGGAGCCAAGAGGAUGAAAAUUCCUUGUUUCUUGAAGUGGAUCAUUUCUCAUGUUGUAAUAGUGAUGUGCAGGACUCUGGCCAAAGCCCAAGCUCCAGAUUUAGCCAACAGGCAAAGGACUCAUGUUCCACAGUGUCCCAGGGGCCCAACAAGACCCUUCAUGACCAGAAGCCACCACAUGUGCUUUCUUCUGUUGCUGAGGAAGGACAUCAUCUUGAAAAACAAAGAAGUGGUCUGCAGCGUGGCUCUAACAGCCAGCUCCCUGAUACAGUAGAAACUAUCAAUGGAGAAAAACAAGUCAACAGCUCUGGAGAUGAAGAAGAGCUCUCCACGUCUUCCGACAGUGACCAGGAGGUGAUCAAGCAGUUUGAGAUUUCCGUGUCCCGGUCCCAGAGUUUCCGUUCAGGAGCAUCUGAGAGAGGAAGGCAGACGGGACUGGAGCAGAAACCGAAACUCGGCUAUUUGGAUGGAGCCAGCCCACCGAGUUACUCUAAGAAUCUGUCUUAUUGUGAAGAUGACCCCAGCUCUGCUCAUGCACAGUCCCCAUGUGAGAGAGCAGGUACCAGGCACCCUGGAACAUCUCACCAAGAAUCCGGGGAGGCCCGAAGCCUCAGUCGCCAAUCCACAGAUGGGAGCUUGGAGAUGGAGACAGCUUUUAAUAACCGGGGAUUUGAAGAUUCCUAUGCCACUGACAGUUCCUCCAUGUGGAGUCCAGAGGACCAGGACAGGACCAGCUUGCAGGUGCCAUCCGGGGUCUCAGAGCCCAUUUCAAAGUGUGGUGACCUAGACGUCAUCUUUGAAUAUAGAGCUUUGAGCCAGAAACUCACAGUGACCAUUGUGAGAGCUCAGGGCCUCCCAGAUAAGGACCGAAGUGGUGUCAACUCCUGGCAAGUUCACGUGGUGAUGCUGCCCAGUAAGAAGCAGAGGGGCAGGACGAACAUCCAGAGAGGGCCCAACCCUGUCUUCAAGGAGAAGGUCACCUUCACCAAGCUGGAACCCAGAGAUGUGGCUGCCUGUGCCAUCCGCUUCCGCCUAUACUCUGCCCGUAAAAUGACCCGAGAGAGAAUGAUGGGAGAGAAACUAUUCUAUCUCAGCCACCUGCACCCAGAAGGGGAAAUGAAAGUGACCUUGGUUCUGGAACCAAGAAGUAAUAUAAGUAGUGGGGGGUCUCCGCUCAGCCCAUCUGCAGUUUCUCACAGUGACAGUGCUUCAUCUACCCAGUCACUAUCACAUGGAGGGGCCCCGGAACUGCUGGUGGGGCUGUCCUACAAUGCCACGACAGGGCGGUUAUCUGUGGAAAUGAUCAAAGGCAGCCAUUUCCGAAACCUGGCUGUUAACCGUGCGCCUGAUACAUAUGGGAAACUCUUUCUCCUCAAUUCUGUGGGUCAGGAGAUGUCCCGCUGCAAGACAUCCAUUCGACGUGGGCAGCCCAAUCCUGUGUAUAAGGAGACCUUCAUGUUCCCGGUGGCCCUCUUCCAGCUCUCUGACGUCACGCUGAUGAUCUCCAUCUACAACAGGCGAACCAUGAAGCGUAAAGAGAUGAUUGGCUGGAUCGCUCUGGGCCAGAACAGCAGUGGAGAGGAGGAGCAGGACCACUGGGAGGAGAUGAAGGAAACCAAAGGCCAGCAGGUGUGCAGGUGGCACGCUCUCCUGGAGUCCUAG